GGGAACCCAGCACUGGCUGAAGGGGGAAAGCGAGGGAGAAGGCGGAGCUGGGCCGCAGAGGCCCCUCCCCGCGGCGACCCGGCGGCGGGGCCUGUUAUUCUGCUCGCCGCUCGGCGGGGACCCGCGCAGCGCCAGUGACUCGGGGAGUCGGCCCCCGCCUCCUCCCCUGACCAGGCCUAGAACUACCCCCAAUCCGGGAGGCCGGAGACGCAGCUGGAGCGGCUGCCGCAUCCCGGCCCAGCCUCCUCCACCAUCCCUCCCCUUCCCGCUGGACAUCUGGACCCUGGGCCCCGCACCGACUGGGUUCCGGAAACCCUCCCCGCCCAGCUCGGCGGCCCGGCCCCGCGCCGCCCUCUCUACAGAGUCCCCAGCCCUUUUCCAGACCAGACUUCCGCCUACCCCUGGACCCCCCCCUUCCUAUUCCCUCCCUCCCCCCGCCUCCCCCAGCCUGGAGCGGGGUAGGAGGGAGGGGGGGUGUGCGCCCUGCGCCGUCCCCGCCCCCCGUGGUUCCCCCUGCAUGGCCCGCCCGGGUCGGGGGUGUGGGGGGGCCCGGGCGCCAUGCGGGGGGGGCAAAAGGGGGGUCGCUGUGCCUGUCCCCGCGUGAUCCGAAAAGUGCUGGCAAAAUGCGUCUGCUGCUUCGCGCGGGGGGGACAUGAAUCCUAUUCCAUUGCUGGCAGUGAGGGGAGUAUCUCGGCUUCAGCUGCCUCGGGUCUGGCUGCUCCCUCUGGCCCCAGCUCUGGCCUCAGCUCUGGCCCCUGUUCCCCGGGACCCCCAGGGCCAGUCAGUGGCCUGAGAAGAUGGUUGGAUCAUUCUAAACAUUGUCUCAGUGUGGAAACUGAGGCAGAAGGUGGCCAGGCUGGACCAUAUGAGAACUGGAUGCUGGAACCAGCUUUAGCCACAGGAGAGGAGCUGCCAGAACUGACCCUGCUGACCACAUUGUUGGGGGGCCCUGGGGAUAAGACGCAGCCACCUGAAGAGGAGACUUUGUCCCAAGCCCCUGAGAGCGAAGAGGACCAGAAGAAGGCUCUGGAAAUGAGUAUGUACGUCCUGACUGAACUGGUAGAGACAGAGAAAAUGUACGUGGACGACUUGGGGCAGAUUGUAGAGGGUUACAUGGCCACCAUGGCUGCUCAGGGGGUACCCGACAAUCUUCGAGGUCGUGACAGGAUUGUGUUUGGGAACAUCCAGCAAAUCUACGAGUGGCAUCGAGACUAUUUCCUGCAGGAGUUACAGAGGUGUUUGAAGGAUCCUGAUUGGCUGGCUCAGCUAUUCAUCAAACAUGAGCGCCGCCUGCAUAUGUACGUGGUGUACUGUCAGAAUAAGCCCAAGUCAGAGCAUGUGGUAUCAGAAUUUGGGGACAGCUAUUUUGAGGAGCUCCGGCAGCAGCUGGGGCACCGCUUGCAGCUCAACGACCUCCUCAUCAAACCAGUGCAGAGGAUCAUGAAAUACCAGCUGCUGCUCAAGGAUUUUCUCAAGUAUUAUAGUAGAGCUGGGAUGGAUACUGAAGAGCUGGAGCAAGCUGUGGAGGUCAUGUGCUUCGUACCCAAGCGCUGUAAUGACAUGAUGACCCUGGGGAGACUGCGGGGGUUUGAGGUACAGGGAUGGAGCAAUGCUCUUCUGCCCCAGGCUGAGCACUCAGGAGAUCCUUACAGGGAACUGUGCUCUCCUGGGGCUGACAGGAGAUGGUUGGUUGGGAGUGUCAGGGGAAGGAGGGAGGAGCAGAGAGUUGCCCCUUUUCUCUUAUUGUUUUUCUCAAAGGCCACUCUCCUUUGGUUUCAGGGCAAAUUGACUGCUCAGGGGAAGCUCUUGGGCCAGGACACAUUCUGGGUCACAGAGCCCGAGGCUGGGGGGCUGCUGUCUUCUCGGGGUCGAGAGAGACGUGUCUUCCUCUUUGAGCAAAUCAUCAUCUUCAGCGAGGCCCUGGGAGGAGGAGUGAGAGGUGGAACGCAGCCUGGAUAUGUGUACAAAAGCAGCAUCAAGGUGAGCUGCCUGGGACUGGAGGGGAACCUCCAAGGCGACCCUUGCCGCUUUGCACUGACCUCCAGAGGGCCAGAGGGUGGGAUCCAGCGCUAUGUCCUGCAGACUGCAGACCCCGCGGUCAGUCAGGCCUGGAUCAAGCAAGUGGCUCAGAUCCUGGAAAGCCAGCGGGACUUUCUCAAUGCACUGCAGUCACCCAUUGAGUACCAGAGACGGGAGAGCCAGACAAACAGCCUGGGACGGCCAGGAGGUCCUGGGGUGGGGAGCCCCGGGAGAAUUCGGCCUGGAGAUCGGGCCCAGGUCAGCACACACACACCCAUCAAUGGCUCUCUUCCCUCCCUGCUGCUGUUUCCCAAAGGGCAGGUGGCCAGAGUCCCCCUGUCCCUGGACACACAGGCCUCCAGCGACAUCCCCCAAGCUCCUCAUGACUCUCCUCCAGUUCCACCAAUUCCAAACGCCCCUCCCUGCCAAGCCAGACUUGCCAAGCUGGAUGAAGAUGAGCUGUAACUGGUGAAGGCCAUGGGGGUGGUGCUGACUCAGCCACUCCGUUCCCCCAGGAACUUCAGGGCAAUCCUUCUGGCAGCGCGCCAGAAUUCCUCCCUCUUGGUGUAUCUGGAGGGUGGGCGAGGCUGGGAGUGUCAACUUGCAGGAGGGAACCUAGACUCAGAAAGACUUCUUUCUGCCCAAGAAACAUAGGUUCCUUCAGCCCCCACCCCUAUGCAUGCAUCACAGGUCCCCCCCAAAAGGAGGAAAUGUGGGUGGGUAGGAGGGCUGGGGCAAGGGCCAGACAGAAACUAUUGGUUUUGUUUUUGAUUUUGUUUUUUCUGUUUUUUGAGAAUAAAGGUUUUGUUAUAUCACUAAA